GCCGUUCACACGAGCUGUCGCUCCGCUCUAGCACAAUGGGUGAUGGAGGGAGCGGUGCAAUGAGCAUAGCUGCCAACUUUUCCCUUUCCUUGCGAGGAACCCUAUUCGGAAUAAGGGAAUUCCCCUUGGAAAAAGGGAAACGUUGACAGCUAUGGCAAGGAGGGUGUAAGGACUGGGUGAUCCUGUCCCUGAUCUCGGCUUUGUUGGGUGCACAGGAACGGGCAGGAUUAAUUUUUGCUAGGGAUCAAGAAAUUCAUGAGAAAGAAAAUGUGUAGAGUAACCAUUUAAGUGCAAAAAACCCCCAAAAUCUCAGCAACGGCGGUGAUGAAACACGGCAUCUGAGCACGUGCAGAAAGCCGUGCAAUCCAGCGAGGCGACAAAGAAGGCGACCCGGUGCUGAAAGCAGCUGAGAUUUACUCCGAGUAAACAUGGAUGGACAGGACUGGGCUACGUGAGGAAUAUUGCCAAUUGCAGCCUUUUCAAGUUCAAAGCCCCCUGGAAGUAUUUUUGUUUUUAAGGGGACUUAUAUCUGCAAAGGCAUAAACAUAGGAUUGCCCUGUGAGAAAGAUAUCCGCAGCAGAAGGUAGCUUCCAUUCAACCACAAGCCCAUUCAACGCAGCAGCUUCAGCUUGCUGAGAGGACUCGACAAGCUCUGCAUAACCGCCUUGUUGCAAAACAUUGCGGAUGGAUUGGAAACCAAAGACUAGUUUCGCCUGCUAUGCACGCCAUGAAGAAAAUGGGAAGCAGAGGGUGAAAGGGCAGAGAUGGCUUUAGAGGAAGUGGGGACCAGCCCAAGACAAAAUGGCUGCCAAGCAGCAAACACCCUUGGGUUCCUCUUCCCAGACUCCUGUAGAGCGAAAGAUGGUGCCAAGAAGGAAAAUGGAGACUCGAGGCUCAAAGGACUUCAACUCCAAGGAGAGUUUGGAGGAAACGAGCCUUUCUCAGGUCAACGGGGGUGAAUUUCGAAACCAAGGGCAGGUCAAAGAGGAGCCGGACGAGGGGUUGGCGCAGCACUGGGAAGCCCAGUGGCAAGAGUUCCUGAAGACGGUGGAGUCGCCUCACUUGCAGUGGGGGAACCCACAGUUGGAGGAAGGGCCCAGCAUGGCCAUGGGCACCCAAGCACAUGUGGCUUCCUCAGAGGGCUCGUCCAGACGAGAAACUCUGAUCCCGCCAAGCCUUGACGGGCAGAAGACCUGUGGCUUCUUGGAAGCCGCCGCCAUGGCAGAUGCUGCACAGGUGAAGGAAGAGAACUUGGACAAUAUCCCAGACAGCGGGGAUGUGCCCCGGCAGUACUUUAGGCAACUGUGCUGCCGGGAAGGGGACAGGCCGCGCAUGGUUUGCGCCCGACUGUCCUUCCUUUGCCGUCAGUGGCUGAAGCCGGAAAGGCAUUCGAAGGAGCAGAUCCUGGACUUGGUGGUCCUGGAGCAGCUCCUGAACAUCCUGCCCCCGGAGAUGGAGAGCUGGGUCAGGGAUCGCGGUGCAAAGACCUGCGCCCAGGCGGUGGCCCUGGCCGAGGACUUCCUGCUGGGGCAGGAAGAGGAUGGAAGGUUACAGGAACGAUACAGAGGGCUAGUCAGGAAGGGCGAAUCCAUGAAUUCCCCCCAAGAAGAGCUGUCUCCAUCGGACGUGGGCCUCCCGGGGGAGAGCAAGCAGGAGUGCGACAAGGCCAACGAGAUAGUCGGAAACGAUUGUUCCUCUGCCACAGCAACGCUACAUGAAAACGAAGAGGAAAACGGUGUCCUUGGAUUUUUCAAUCGAGUGGAACCUUCUAGGCCGGCAGCUGGGAAAGGAGAAGCUAGCCUUACCCAGUGCAGGGAUCAUCACAGUACAUUUGAGAGUCUGUCCAGGCCUGAGAGCUGGAAAGGAGACCGCCAAGGGAGUGAAGCAGACCUCCGCAAGAGCUUCAAUGAAACCAUGGCCUGGCAGGAGACUCCAGCAGGUGAGAGACAAAAGACUUGCAAAAUUUGUGGGAAAAAGUUCAGCUGGAGGACUGAUCUCAUCAAGCACAAGAGGACUCACACGGGAGAAAAACCUUACAAAUGUUUGGAUUGUGGGAAGUGUUUCAGCCAGAUAUCGGACCUUAACAUCCACAAGAGGAUCCAUACGGGAGAAAAACCCUUUAAGUGCUCUCACUGUGGGAAAAGUUUCAGCAGGAGCACAAACCUUACUGUUCAUGAGAGGAUGCACACAGGAGAGAAGCCCUAUAAGUGCUCCUACUGCGAGAAAACCUUCUGCGCCGGCUCGCAGCUUAUUAGUCAUCAGAGAAUCCACACAGGAGACAAGCCCUAUAAGUGUUUUGAGUGUGGGAGAACCUUUAGUUGGAGUGCCACUUUUCGAAGACACCAGAGAAUUCACACGGGUGAGAAACCAUAUAAGUGCUUGGAAUGCGGCAAAAGUUUCAGUUUCAAGUCUGUCCUUAUUGCUCACGAGAGAACCCACACGGGAGACAAGCCCCAUAAGUGCUCCGAAUGUGGGAAAAGCUUUAGUCAGAGGGCUCACCUUAGUAGUCACCAGAGAAUCCACACUGGAGAGAAACCAUUUCAGUGUUCACAGUGUGGAAAAAGUUUCGGUCUGAGGUCAGUUCUGAUUGCCCAUGAAAAUACCCACGUUUUAGAGAAGCCGCACAAGUGUUCAGACUGCGGGAAAAGUUUCAGCAACAAAUCGCAGCUCACGAAUCACCAGAGGCUGCACACGGGAGAUAAACCUUACAAAUGUUUUGUCUGUGGGAAAACAUUCAAUUUGAGUUCCCUCCUUACUGGACAUUUGAGAACCCACACCGGAGAAAAACCGUAUAAAUGUUCACACUGCGAGAAGUGCUUUGGUGGCAGAUCAACUCUUGUGGCGCAUGAGAGGACCCACACGGGAGAGAAGCCGCACAGAUGCCCGGAUUGUGGGAAAACCUUCAGCCAGAAGACUAAUCUCAACAGUCAUCAGAGAAUCCACACUGGAGAGAAGCCUCAUAAAUGCCUUGACUGCGGGAAGGGCUUCAGUCAGAAAUCACACCUCCUUAAUCACCAGAGGGACCACAUGGGAGAGAAACCAUUCAAAUGUGCUUGCUGCGGUAAAUGCUUUGGCGCCAGGUCCACCCUCGUGGCGCAUGAGAGGACCCACACGGGAGAGAAGCCACAUGAAUGCAAAGACUGCGGUAGGAGCUUCAGUCGGAAAGCGCACCUUGCCAGACAUGAGCGAACCCACGAUGCUGGCAAAGCAUUCUUGGUGCUCAGUCAGUAGGAAGGUUUCUGGGUGGCCAGAGACCAUCAGUGAAAGCAAACCCACCCUUGUAAAUAAACUAUAUAAUUUUUGCUGCAGGAACAAAGACAAACUUUGUUAACGGCCUCAUCCCAUCCACAUGUAAUUUUGGAAUAAAUCCCAGAGAGAUUGGGGGGGGGGGUAUUUCCGAGUGACAUGCCUAGAUUUUACUGCAUGCAUGAUGUCAUCAUUUCUUGUUUAGGGAUUGUUUUGUGCUUUUGGCGGGGGAGGAAGGAGCCGUAACUCAGCAGUAGAGCACUGAGCGUAGUGGUCAGUCCCUGAUGUCUCCAUUUUAAAGAAAGGAUCUGGUAAGCAGGAACCAACUCUGUACAAGAGGGGCCUACAACAAGCAUUGCAGUGCGGAAAAUGCUCUGCCAAAAGCCAAGCCUCUCCAUUCCGUUCCGCCUCUCCAGUUUCCAGGAUUUCACUGCUACCAGUCAGCAUUCUGUGGCAACUGAGCAUGCUCAGUCCUUACUGGGAUUUCAUUCCACCGCCUCAGUUUCCAGCUUUCCCUCCACCCCACAUCCCACAACAGUCUCGACAACAUUCCGUGGCCACUGAGCAUGCUCAGUCUUUAUUGGGAUGUUUUGGACGGCUUCCCAACACCCCUUAAUAUUU